CCGGUGUGGUAAACUAACCAGAAACGAACGUGACUUACUGGGGAAUCGACUUCGUUUAUUUAAUAAUUAGGUGACAGAGUGACUAUUGUCGCGAGUAACGUCUCUAGUUUAAUCCAAAAUGACUUCGUCAAUGCCGCAGAAACGUUACUACCGACAGCGAGCCCAUUCAAACCCGAUGGCUUACCACACGUUUGACUAUCCUGUGUGUCCCGAGGAGAUGGACUGGUCCGAGCUGUAUGCAGACGUCUUCACUGGCAACCCAUCUGACAAAGAGACCCCUCGAGUUGAGUUUGCAGACAUUGGAUGUGGAUAUGGGGGGCUUUUAGUGGAGUUAUCCCCACUUUUCCCAGACAAGCUCAUGCUGGGCAUGGAGAUCCGAGUGAAAGUGUCCGAUUAUGUUCAGGAUCGUAUCCGAUCCCUGCGUGCCUCGGAGCCAGGAUGCUACCAGAACAUCGCCUGCCUUCGCAGCAAUGCGAUGAAGUAUCUCCCCAACUUCUUCUCCAAAGGACAGCUCAGUAAGAUGUUCUUCCUCUUUCCUGACCCUCACUUUAAGAAGACCAAGCACAAGUGGAGGAUUAUUAGUCCCACAUUGUUGGCAGAGUACGCCUACACGCUGAGAGUCGGGGGUUUGGUGUACACCAUCACAGAUGUGGAGGAAGUGCACGUCUGGAUGGUGAAGCACUUCACUGAACAUCCACUGUUUACACGCGUCCUCGAUGAAGAACUGGUUGGAGACGUGAUCGUAAAUCGUUUGGGUACCUGUACAGAGGAAGGAAAGAAAGUGCAGAGAAAUGGAGGGAAGAAUUUCCUCGCAGUUUUCCGAAGGAUUGAGGAUUCAAACUAAGAGCGAAGAGUUUGGACGUGCAAUGAACUGAAAUGAUGGUCGGGUGCAGUCGAGUGUACGUGGAGGAUAAUGCUGCUCUGUGGAUCUGGAGGCUGUGGCUUGUUCCUCAGCACAUGAACAGUGAUAUUAAUGGACCAACAUUUACAUCAUUACCCAACAGAGGGUUAGUGUUUGAGUUUGUUUCUCAUAGUUUAUGUAUUUCAUUUCUCAGCUCACAAAAAGACAGCACAAGGGAAGUAAAUCAUAAAAGCAUCUCUAUUCAGACUAGACUUCUGAAAUGUUUUGUAUUGCUUUUUUAAAUUGAUUUUUAAUGUUCUUUUGUUAAACUUCAAAGUGCUGUUUUGGAUUUACUGUAAAACUAAAUUCUUUUAGGACAACAGAAAGAAAUCAAGUGUUGUCUUUGGUUCAUUGUGUUGAUCAGUACAUUGACUGUGAACAGUUGAAAUUGAAAAUGGAAAGACUAUAUGUUGUGUUUUACAUUAGUUACUUUAGGGCCACAAACUUUAGUCACAAACAGGACUAAAAAGAGCCGCUCUUUAGUCAACAUCUUAGAUUUUACUGACUGAGAAGGUUGCCAACAAUCUUCAUCCUGCUUAUUUGCGAUGGGUCAUUGUCGGGUUUGAAAAUAAACCCGCAUGCUGCAGCACGUUCUGUGAGAAGUGAGCGUAGCACAGUUUCAAAUUCAACAGAGAACUGUGACACAAAUCAUGUUUCAAUUUAAUCUGUUUUGACAAAGCUGUUAAAGGAACUUGUUUAAUUGAUACUGGUAUGUUUGAUUAACGGAAGUUCUCGCUAAUGUGAUUGAAAUUUACUUAUUUAAAACCACACAUUACCACAGAGGGUGAUGCUCCUACAUGUCAUGUGACAUCCAAAACAAACUCUUCGUCUACUGAGUAUUUUUGUGAAACAGAACAGUGGAUUUCUGUGCUCAUUUUAUGAUUUUGGCUGUUUUAUUACAGGCUGGUGUUCUUGUCUGUCAGGAGAACGGGUGGCAGUGCAGGUUUGAGGCCCUCCUGCUGCUGCAGGGGGUGGUGGUUUAAAAACAGGACAGCACAUGCCUCAGUAAUGGGAACCCAGACACGGUAAAACUUUAGAUAAUGACAGAGCAAUUGAUGCACUCAUAAACAAAACAAAUACAAAACCAUACUAUUAAUAUUCUACCAUAACAUUAAAUCUACCUAUCUUGCGUAUCCUCUGCUAAGGUAUUGGCAUUCUGGCGUUAGUCGACCAUAAUUGACACUAAAUUUGUACCAAAUCAGUUAUUUUUAUUCAACUAAUGCUGCACUGGUACGAAUGUAUAGAUUGCUUCCAGUAUUCAGAGAAAAAAUAUUUUUGAAACACUAUCUGUGAAUACGUGGUAGACUCUUAUCUACUUGGUUUCUCAGAUCUGGACUAAUGAGAAACCCGAGUUUCUAACCUAAUCUUUUUAUGCGCUUCAACUCAACAGAGAAAUAUUGUCUCCAAUUUCUUCCGAUUGUCCUAUUUCCUAACACUGCACGGCUGCCUGUGACCCAUAUCCAAGGAAAAUAAAUAGCUCAAUGUGGUUGAGUCAACAGCUCGGUCAUUCCUCUGCCCAACACCAUUAUCAAAUACAGAAAGUAUUCACAGAACCUUUUAUGAUGUGCACAUGUUAACCAGUCUAAUCUAUCUAAUCUGGGAUGUUGACGAGGAGCCGCUGGUCUGUGUUUAUUAUCCCCAUGGGGUGCAUCAUUUAACAUUUUAGUACCAUCAGGUCAUCAAACAAGAGUUGAAUUAAAUGCACUGCAGGAGAAUCAAAGAAAGAGAAAUGUAAUGAUUAGCAUUUGGCAACACUAGCAAUGUGGAUGCUGCUUCAUACCCAAAGAAUUAGUUCCAUCCGGACGUCAGAAUGUUUUUGAGGUCAAAGGUUUCUACGGUGUUCACAGAGGCAGCUGUCCACUGUUAAACGUUACAAGACACAAGGAUGUGUUGCUGAUUUCAUUAUCACCUUCCACCUCCGUCAGUUCCGUCAGUGUAAAACAAAGGCAAAUGAUUUGACUUCAAUUGGAUGAAAAGAUUGAUACUACUCUCUUGUCUAGGAUAGGUGUUUCCCUUCUGUUUUCAGUCUUUGUGCUAAGCUAACAAGCUGCUGGCUGUAGCCUUACAUUUACCGCACUAGUGAUAUCAAUCUACUCGCCUAACUCUCAGCAAGAAAGCAGUGGCAUGAACAUGUCCUUUAAACUGCUUAAUUGUUCUUAGUCUUCACUCUCCCAGACUUGUUCAAAGCCUUUGAUAAUGUCAACCACCAGACUCCAACAAGAGGAUCUCUAGAUGUGUUUCCAUCCUAAAUGUCUAACUGAACUCAUCAUUUAUCAUAAAGAAGGUAUCUGACCUGA